AUGUCUCCCUGGAUUUUCUGGAAAUUUUUGUGAAAUUAACAUAAAUGAAAGUUCUUCAUCACCAUGUCUAAAUGGUGUGAACUGUGAGGAUCACACCAAUGGAUAUAUUUGCAAAUGUCAACAAGGAAGAUCAGGACAUCCCUGUGAGAAAGAACUUUAUGAGUGCCUUUCCAACUUACAUGUUCAUGGAAUGUGCAGAGGAAGUGAACCUGGCGAAGGCUUGCCAUGUUUAUGCACACCUGGACUUGUGACCUGCUCCAUUGGGCUUCUCUGUGGUAAUGAAAUAAGAAGAACCACCUGUUUACCUCCCAGCUCUCAAGGAAAAGAGGCCACUUCCACACAAACAUACACAGUGCCCACCUCAGGGUCUUCAGUCAGUAGCAUCCCACCUUCCAGGGCUACCCAACUGUGGGCCAUAGUGAACACUACUCCAGUUGGUCAAGGUCCAAAACAGACAGACUUUUUCCAGCACGACGUUCUCCCAACCACUGGUUUGGCAGCAUUAAAUAUUGGCACGUCCUCUGAAAGCUAUUUACUCGAAGAACUGAUUUCCACUAAAGAGCUUUCAGCAAAACACAGUCUUCCUUCUUCAGCAGAUGUUUCCUCUUCUCAGUUUCUGAAUUUUGGUGCUCAUGACCCAGGACAUAUCGUCGGGGGCAAAACAUCUGUACCAUGUAUGCCCAUCCAAACUCCAGUGGGCGCACCAGGACUCUUUUUCCCUGAUAGGGGACAGAGCACCCCGUUUAUCAUCUCUUCCUUAAUGACAGAUUUUAUUUUUCCUACACAAUCUUUAUUAUCCGAGAGCUCCCGGACUGUUGCCUUGUCUGCUACCACAAUGAGUUCAGUAAUUAGUGGUGUUCCAGGGGCUGAUGUUGAGUUAAACAGACACUCAUUACUCUCCCGUGGCUUCCCGCCCACAACUGCUUCCGUGAGUGCACCUCCAGUCGUCUCUCAAGAGGAUAUUGAAGAAUAUUCAGCUCUUUCAAGAAGAGAGUCCUGGAGACUGCUGAGCUCUUCGAUGUCUCCCAUUUCUUCUAAGAUAAUCAUAUCCAAGCAGGUAGCCAUCUUAAAUUCAUCAACUCUGCACCAAUUCACCACACAAGCCUCCAUUCCCAGUGAAGAUCAGGUUAUUACCGAAGCAUACAGCAACCAGAGACUCACAAAUAUAAAACCACAGGCUGCUGAUUCUUUAAGUGAAUUAAGCCAAACAUGUGCAACGUGUUCUAUGACUGAAAUAAAAUCCCUUCAUGAAUUUUCAGAUCAAUUUUUGCAUAGCAAACAGUCCCACUUUUACGAGACAUUCUGGAUGAAUUCAGCAGUAUUAGCCAGGUGGUUUGCAAGAAUGGGAACACAAACUAUCACUUCUGGACAUUCACUUCCUUCGGCUGCUGAAAUCAUGCCAUCAGUGGCAAUCACAGAACUGUCAUCUUUAUUUCCUUCUACAAAGAGUACAGAAAGAAGAAUUUUAGUCUCAUCCAUAGAAGAAUAUGUUACCCUAUCAGGUAAUUUGGAUGUUAAUUUAUGUUUGGAUAAGAUGUGUUCAUCCAUUUUCCCUUCACAAACCGUCCCUUCAGACCUGACAAAUUCGGAUUUGGCUUCACAACUGACUGCUGAUGAUCCUUCAGUAUCAGAAAACAUUUUUAAACUAUUGAAAAUAGGACUCUAUGGUACAACUUUGGGUCCCACUGAGAUGCUGAAUGAAGACAAGUUACUGGGCAUGCGAGAGCAUGAAGGGUCUUAUACCCAGUUCAAACCUCACACAGGGGAUCAGUUUCUAAAUUUUGAAUUAAACUUUCAAAGUCAUCCAGAAACUAUACAUUCAAGUGACCUCAAAAACAACCUGCCACGACAUGUAGACUCCACAUCUGAUUUUUCAGAAAUAACCUCUCCUGUAGCAUUUUCUAUAGUUUCAGCAACUCAAUCACUUCCAGUACAGACCUCUGUCCCCAUGUCUGUAGUUAUGCCAGAUUGGACAUAUUAUACAGAUUAUCUGACCUUAGCACCUGAUUUAAAAGAAGAGGUCAGAACUUCUUCAGAAUGGUCCAGAUGGGAGCUGCAGCCUCGUGGGCGUGGUCAGGAAUCUCCUGCAGCAAGUCAAAGGCUUUCCAUCACUAGAUCUCUUAUCUGGUCUUCCCUGGAGCCCAUUCCAGCACCUCCUCAGAUGAUGAUUUCUGAUAUCAGUUGUGUUUGUUAUUACGGAGAUUCCUAUCUAGAAUUUCGGAAUGUGUUUUUAAAUCCACAAAAUAACAUAUCCCUAGAAUUUCAGACCUCCAACGCCUAUGGACUCCUGCUCUACAUCAAACAAGACUUAGAUUCAGGAGAUGGACUUUUUAUUCAAUUAUUUAUUGAAAAUGGUACUUUAAAGUACCACUUUUUCUGUGCUGGUGAAGCAAAAUUGAAAAGCAUUAACACUACUAUUAAAGUGGAUGAUGGACAAAAGUAUACACUGCUUAUCAGGCAAGAAUUGGAUCCAUGUAAAGCUGAACUGACUAUUCUAGGGAAGACUAUAAAAGCAAGCGAAUCUAUUGGUUAUGUACCAGGAAAACCACUGCCAGAAUCAGGGGCUGUCUUUAUUGGUGGACUUCCAGAUCUUCAUGAAGCAAACCAGAUUUCUGGACCAGUUGAGAAUUUUACUGGCUGCAUAGAAGUUAUAGAAAUCAAUAAUUGGGGAUCUUUCAUCCCAUCCAAGGCAGUGAAAAAUAUCCACAUUGACAGUUGCAGAUCCCGGGAUUCUAUGCUGUCAGCAACGUCCGCGUCUGUCCCUCCUCCUGGGGCCGCAGGAAGGGCCGGUUCCCCGGGGGCCUCGCUCGUCCCCCGCCCGGCGCCAGCCACGUGUCAGGGGCUCGUGUGUCACCACGGGGGCACCUGCCGCACCGUCCUCCUCCCGCGGGGCGUCUUCUCCUUCCAGUGCGACUGUCCGCUCCAUUUCACCGGCCGGUUCUGUGAACAAGAUGCAGGUUUAUUUUUUCCAUCUUUCAACGGGAAUUCCUACUUAGAACUGCCUUUUUGUACAACUCUGAGGAAGGAACGUAACACAAUUGUUAACAUCUACUUGACUAUACAAACAAGCACUUUGAAUGGAACAAUUCUCUACAGUAAUGAGAAGAAUUUUGGACAACAGUUUCUUCAUUUAUUUCUUGUGGAAGGAAAGCCCACUGUUAAAUACGGAUGUGGAAGUUCUCAAAAUAUCUUGACUCUUUCUGCUAAUUACAGCAUUAACAGAAAUGCAUUCAUCCCUAUAACAAUACGCUACACAAUGCCUGUUGGCAGCCCUAGGGUUGCUUGUAUGAUUGAAAUGGCUGCAGAUGGAAAACCUCCAAUACGGAAAGAAGACACCAAGAUACCUCAUGUGUCCCAGGUAUAUUUUGAAAGAUUGUUUCUUGGCAAUAUCCCUGCAAAUGUUAAGAUUCCUAAGAAUGCAGGCCACGUUUAUGGAUUCAAGGGCUGCAUUCAAGAGCUUCAAGUAAACAACAAAGAAUUCUUCCUCAUCGAUGAAGCCCUGAGUGGGAAAAACAUUGAGAACUGCCACAUCCCUCGGUGUGAGCAUCAUCUGUGCCACAAUAAUGGUACCUGUGUCAGUGAUAGUGAAACUUGGUUUUGUGACUGUCCAAGGCUGUACUCGGGCAAGCAGUGCCAGUUUGCAACUUGUGAAAGCAACCCAUGUAGAAAUGGUGCCACCUGUGUUCCUAAAUCCGGGACAGACAUUGUCUGCCUCUGUCCGUAUGGAAGGUCUGGUCUCCUCUGCAUUGAAGCUGUUCACAUCACCCAGCCCAGGCUCAGUGGGAUGGAUGCCUUUGGAUAUACCUCAUUCCUGGCUUAUUCGCGGGUCCCAGACAUCAGCUAUGAUUACGAGUUUCACUUGAAAUUUCAGCUGGCAAACAACCACUCAGCAGUGCAAGACAACUUGUUAUUUUUCACGGGACAGAAGGGCCAUGGGCUGAGUGGUGAUGACUUCCUGGCCGUGGGUCUGCGCAGCGGCCGCGUGGUUUACAGUUACAACUUGGGAUCUGGCACAGCAAGUGUCAGCAGCGAUCCCCUCGAUCUGAGCCAUGAGAUCCACACGGUCCUUCUGGGGAGGUCCUUCCGAGUAGGCUGGCUGAAGGUAGAUGAUCAGAAAAAUAAAUCCAUCAUCUCCCCAGGAAAACUGGUUGGUCUCAAUGUCUUCAGUCAGUUUUAUGUAGGUGGCUACAGUGAAUACACUCCUGAUCUCCUACCGAAUGGAGCCAAUUUUAAAAAUGGCUUUCAAGGUUGUAUUUUUACUCUGCAAGUUCGCACUAAGAAGAAGGGCCAUUUCAGAAGCCUGGGGACGCCUGAGGGCCACCCAAAUGCUGGGCGCAGCGUUGGCCAGUGUGAUGCUUCUCCUUGUCGCUUGAUGAAAUGUGGCAACGGUGGCACGUGUGUGGAGCAGGGAUCGACUGUUUACUGUAACUGUCCUAGUGGAUGGAAAGGAGCCUUCUGCACGGAGACAGUUUCCACCUGCGACCCUGAGCAUGACCCUCCACACCACUGCAGCAAAGGAGCAACUUGUGUCUCAUUGCCUCAUGGAUACACCUGUCACUGUCCACUAGGAACCACUGGAGUCUACUGUGAGCAAGCUUUGUCUAUAAGUGAUCCAUCUUUCAAAAGCCACGAAUUAUCCUGGAUGUCUUUUGCUUCCUUUCCUGUUCGAAAAAAGACACAUAUUCAAUUGCAGUUCCAGCCUCUUACUGCAGAUGGCAUCCUAUUCUACGUUGCCCAACGCUUAAAAGCAGAGUCAGGUGAUUUUUUAUGUAUCUCUUUAGUAAACGGUUCUGUUCAACUCCGCUACAAUCUUGGUGACAGAACUAUCGUUCUAGAAACUCUCCAAAAAGUAACUAUUAAUAGAAGUACUUGGCAUGUGAUUAAAGCAGGAAGAGAUGGUGCAGAAAGCUACCUGGCUUUGGAUGGGAUAAAUGUAACAGAAAAAGCCAACGCUAAAAUGAGCUCCCUGGACACAAAUACCGACUUCUAUAUUGGAGGAGUGUCAUCCUUAAAUCUUGUAAAUCCCAUGGCAACAGGGAAAGAACCUGUAGGUUUUCAAGGUUGUGUCCGAGAAGUUAUUAUAAAUAAUCAAGAAUUACAAUUAACCGAAUUAGGAGCAAAAGGUGGUUCAAAUGUAGGUGACUGUGAUGGGACAGCCUGUGGGUACAACGUGUGCAAACACAGGGGUGAAUGUAUAGUAAAUGGCACAACUUUUUCUUGUAGCUGCUUACCACAGUGGGCAGGAAAUACAUGUGACCAGUCUGUGUACUGUUUGAAUAAUCUUUGCCUCCACCAAUCUCUAUGUAUACCUGACCAAUCAUUUUCUUACAGUUGUUUGUGUACUUUGGGUUGGGUGGGAAGGUAUUGUGAAAACAACACUUCAUUUUCAACUGCAAAAUUUAUGGGUAAUUCUUACAUUAAAUAUACUGAUCCAGAUUACAGAAUGAGAAAUCUUCAGUUCACUACUAUAUCCUUAAAUUUCAGUACUACUGAAACAGAAGGUUUAAUUGUUUGGGUAGGAAAAGCUCAAAAUGAAGAAAAUGAUUUUCUGGCAAUUGGUCUCCAUAAUCAGACCCUGAAAAUAGCAGUUAACUUAGGAGAAAGCAUGUCUGUACCUAUGAUUUAUAGCAAUGGUACAUUCUGUUGCAAUAAGUGGCACCAUUUAAUUAUAAUUCAAAAUCAGACUCUUAUUAAGGCCUACCUAGAUGACAACCUAAUUCUCUCUGAGGAUACUAAUCCACACAAAAAGUUUGUUGCUCUCAACUAUGAUGGUAUUUGUUAUCUAGGGGGCUUUGAAUAUGGCCGAAAGGUAAAUAUUGUUACUCAAGAGAUUUUUAAAAGAAGUUUUGUUGGCAAAAUUAAAGAUGUAUUUUUUCAGGAUUCAAAAAAAAUUGAGUUAAUUAAAUCAGAAGGAUACAAUGUUUAUAAUGGUGAUGAACAAGAUUAG